AUGAGUGACGAAAAUAAUAACUCACACACUCAGGUCAAUCAUGCUUUGGAAACCGUCGGAAAUUUGAUGGUCAGAUUUGUGCUUGCGCAAUGUGAAUCCCAGACAGGGAACACCGUCAUCACCAGAAGUAAAAUGUUACAGAAAUUAAAAGAGAUUAUCGAUGAAGAGAAAGUAAAAUCAAUACCAUUCAGCACUGUUUACGGUUAUGUUGAUGAUAAGUUGAAUGAAAUCUUUGGGUAUCAUUUAUUUGGUGUUCUAGCCAAGAAAACAGACAAGAGAUCGUUCUCACAGACGCAAGAUGAGGGUACCCCAGACGAAGCAAAUAACAGCGUAGAAGAUGCGAAAGCCAGGGGUAAUCAUUUUAUAUUGGUACGAAGCGGCAUGGAAGCAAUACCACAAAGGUAUCAUAAAUUUAUCUUAGACCAUGCAAGUGCAAUCUACCGGAAAACGGUCCAUCAAGUUACAUACAUUGGGAAAGAGUACAGUGCGAGUUCGAAUCCAACGCUGGAUAAUGAAAUAGGCAACAAUACAGAACUUGCUUUGAAGGGAAUUAUAGCAAUAACUAUCUGUAUCGUGAUAUUUUCAAAGAACAAUAUACUAGAAACAGAACUUUCAGAUCAACACGGCAAGUUCGGAAUUUCCACCGAAGGACACGAUAUCCCAAUCAUCGAUAUGAAUCACAAAGAUCUAUUGAACCUUCUCGUACGAAACAAUUAUUUGACGAGAACGGUAGAGAAGGCUGCAGACUUAGGUCAAGAGCUAGCCAUUUAUUCGAUAGGAAAACGGACAUUGGUAGAAUUCCCCAAGGAAUCAUUAACGAAGAUGUGUCAAGAAAUGCUAGAUUUAGACGACAGCCAGUUAGAAUUGAUAGAGAACACUGUCAACGUACUAGCAGGAGAUGCGUACGGUGCAUUCAGACCAUGA